AAAAAAAAAAAAAAAAACCUAAAACAACAAUACCCAUAGCUCCAUCCAUUAAACCCUUCGCUUUGUAUCAGAAACGAGUUAGAGUCCAACUGAACUCAACCGCCCGAAAAAAGCUAAUCCUCGCCGGAUAUCGCGCACGGACUUCGUCGCCGGCCACCGUAAACUGUUCAUCCAAAUGACACCAUUGUUAGGGCGUAAGGUUUAUAAAAUUGAAGGGUUAAUUUCCCUUUUAAAUUCCAAACAAAUUUUGCCACAAUGGCUUUUUACUGUGCGCCAUUUUAGUUUCAAUGGUGAUCGCGGCGGCACUGUCAAACAAGCUGCUGCGGGAGAAUCGGAUGAUGAGUUUUUCCGUCAACGGGGAGACACGAGUUUUAAUGAAAAUGGUGGUAAUAGGAGAGAGGAAGGAUUCGGUAUUGGACAAAGUUCAGUGGAACCGAUUCCAGGUAGGGUUUUGAGAGGUCAGAGGCCAAGUAAUCAGCCUCCUUUGCAUUCUCAAGAAUUUAAUCGAGGUGGCCGUCGUCCAAGGUUCGAUGAAAAUCAUGGCAAUAAGUCGUCGCAAAUUGAUCUUGGAUUUCAGGGGAGAAAUGUCGAGGAAAUUAGUAGAGAGGGUGGUCGAUUAGGAGAUAGUUUUCUCGAUAAAUUUAAGCUUGGUUUUGAUGAUAAAAUAGGGAAUAAGUCAGAGGUUGAAGCAAGCAGCCAAUCUGAAGAAGCGAGAGUGUUGAAUUCAUCAAAUUCCAAUCAACCAGCACAAGAGUCUAUGCCUCAAGAUGCUGAUGAGAUUUUCAAGAAGAUGAAGGAAACUGGUCUUAUCCCUAAUGCAGUGGCUAUGCUUGAUGGUUUAUGUAAAGAUGGUAAUGUUCAAGAAGCUUUGAAGCUUUUCGGUUCGAUGCGGGAAAGGGGAACGAUUCCGGAGAUUGUCAUUUACACUGCUGUAGUGGAGGGCUACACAAAAGCUCACAAGGCUGAUGAUGCCAUAAGAAUUUUCAGGAAAAUGCAGAGUAAUGGCAUUAAGCCGAAUGCUUUUAGUUACACAGUUCUUAUACAAGGACUCUACAAAUGUAGCAGAUUGCAAGAUGCUGUUGAAUUUUGUCUAGAGAUGUUAGGAGAAGAUUAUUCUCCAAAUGUGACGACUUUUGUUGGCUUGGUAGAUGGUUUCUGCAAGGAAAAUGGAAUUGAAGAAGCAAAAGGUGUUAUCAAGACAUUAAAAGAAAAGGGUUAUGAUUUUGAUGAGAAAGCUGUUAGGGAGUUUUUGGACAAGAAAGCACCAUUUUCACCCUCCGUUUGGGAGGCCAUCUUUGGCAAGAAAAUCCCACAGAGACCGUUUUAAAUAUAUUUUCCGACCAUGUAAGUUUUUUUCUUGAUUAUUGUACUCUUUUGCCAAACUAUUUUUAUGUUCUUGUGUAAUGUAUGAUUACCAUAGGUUCACCUAUUAAUGUUUUCUAAAGAAUGUUCGACUA